UAUUUUAAUGUAUAGUCUCUUAAUAUAAACUUUUUAUAAAUAUAUAAUAAAAGAUAUCGACGGUUAAAUAUGUGCAUCGACAAGCGUGUCUAGUCAAAUUGUUGCAAAUAAAGUGAAACAUAGGGACUAUUUAUUUAGAGAAUAGUGCACCAAUGCACUACAUCAAAUCAAAUUACAUGUACAAACCAUUGACACUAACCAAUUCAACCAAACUACACCGCUCAACUCCUCUUAGCCUAGCCCACUCGACUCGAAAAUACUUGCAAAAAAAAAAAAAAAACCUCAUCGAGCCUUCUCGAACCCAAAAUCCAUCAUAACCCUACCAUUUUUUUUUAUUUUUUAAUUUUUUUUGCCAUAAUUCAAGUCGAUUAACACACCCAAAAAGAGCUAACCAUAAGCAGAGUUCAUCAAUAUCUGAAGAUGUUCAGAAAAGCAAUUGCCGCCGGCGCCGGCGUUCACCAACCAUGGCGCACGAUUUCGCGAAAUUCCUCCGUCGUCUCCUCCGCCGUCAACUCCGUCUUACUCCGCUCACUCAAAGACCACUACCUUGAAGUCUCCAAGAUGGCCCCACCUCCGAAAGUUAGCCCACCUGCUGAUUUUACGAUUAUGAAGGGGGCAUUGGAUUCUAAUGGUCCAGUGCUAAAGAGGAAUUACAAAAAUGAGGAAAUUAGCAUUUCUGUAAUGAGAUUAGCUAAUUUUGUUACUGAGGAAGAUGAAAAUGAUGAUGAUGAUGGUGGGAUUAAUCAAUUAUUUGUUCAUGUUGAUGUUUCGAAACCUGGGAUGAGUGAUUCUAUGCAUUUUCUUUGUGGGUUGUACCCGGAUGCUGUGGGGAUUCACUCUGUUGCUCUUAGACCUAAGACUACUGAGGAGGGGUUCCUUAUGAUUCCUAACAAAUACACCGGCCCGCUUUUCGAAAAUCUUGAUGAAGCAACAAGAGAUGCCUUUCACAAUUAUAUAGAGGAACGUGGCAUAAAUGAGAGUCUUUUUCCUUUCCUUCAAGCAUGGUUAUAUGUAAAGGAUCAUCGGAAUCUUAUGCGCUGGUUCAGGUCAGUUGGCCUUUUUGUUAAUGGACGUGAGAUGGACAAAGGAACAGAUGAGGCAGCUGCUAGUGCUAGUAAAUCCAAUGCUACUAAAGGUGCUUAAUAGUCUUUGCAACAUUUAGGCUAUUAUAUAUAAUUGCCAAUUUGGUGGGACAUCAGAUAUGUACCUGUUUUGAGCUUAGUUAACAAGUGAACCGGUUAAUGCAUAUCUACAGUUGCUUCAUGCUCUUCAGUUUUGCGCAGUUGAGGAAAAACUUCGUGGUUGCAGGCUUAUACUUAUUUCAACAGUUUAUAUUAAUCUAUGAUUCACUUAAUAUAGAUGAUGCUCUUUCUGCAAUUGUCGAGUAGUCAUACAAUUUCAAUGGCCUUCGUCACUGACCAAUAUCUCUGGUUCUAAGGUUUCGUGUAGUAAACAACUCAUUGUGUUGCACUUUCUGCAUAGCUUUUUUCUUCAUAUUCUGAUCAGGAAAAUGUUUUCGCCUUUCGUCAGCUUCUUUCCAGGUAUCAGAUGGUAUGUUUUCUGGACAACUUUUUUCCAAAUUCCUUGUGCCAACAAAGAGCUAUGGAAUAUCACAGAAAAUGUUCUUGCAUUUUUUUCUUAUGACAUUAAUAUCUAUCAAUGCUUGACAAUACGAGUAAUUGACAUGGCAACACAAUGUACAAGCACUUUUAUUUUGAUUUUUCGGGCUUAUAUUCUAGAAUAAAAUAUAAGUUGAUAUAUGCCA